AUGGCUUCAACGGCCAACAAUGCCCCCCGGCGCCGACUUUCGAUCCUCUCAUUUUCUCUUUUCGACCCAAGCCACUCACUCUCCGAGCUGGAACUGCGUGAAUUAUCUACUACUGACUGGAAUAGACUCCCCCCGGUCCUCGCAAGCCCACCCGCACGUGGCCCUAGUCUCUCACCAAGCUGGAAUCUCCUACGAACGUCGGUUAACCGCUGGGUUCAAGCGUGA